AUGCAGCAGAUCGACCUAGCGGCCUUGAAUCGAGCAGCAGAAGACUCUGCGUCCGCUGUCCCUCCAUCGAGAAACGCGGCACCUACGCAGAAAUCUAAAGCGUUGAUAUCUGUGUCGCGGUUGGACUUGGGGCCUCCCUAUCUUGAACUCAAAAGCCGAAUCGGCGCCAACUGGGCUGAGUACAAGGAGGCCAUCACGCUCUUUUUACUAGGGCAAUUGAAUCAAGAUGAACUCUCAUCACGGAUCGAUCCUAUAAUAUGCGCCGAUCCAAAAACCGAACAUCUACACAAUAAUUUCAUAUGCGCGAUCAUUGCCAAUCUCACCAGAGAUCUCCCUGAUCAUGGAGUUGCUAGUUGGGUAUCGGCGAACGACAAGCCGUCUGUCGUGUCGAAGCCCACCUCCGGGGAUGCUGCUGAACAGCGACUCAAGACGGAGGUAAUGCAAUUACCACCAAGAGAUCGCCGGCGGAUUAAAGCGAUUCCAGAGCGCGACCCCCACGAUGCAGUACGCAACGAAUUGGAGGAGUACCAUUUGGCCAAACAGAUAAAACUGCCAAGUCAGGUUCCAGCAAGCGCGGGUGGUCUAAACAUGACAAACUGGGAGUUAGAAGUCCGAAAACGGUAUGUGCAGCCGCUCGCCUCGGAGACCGGUGAAUUUCCGGACGCUGAAUCGAUACACGCCCGAAUGACACCUAUUUGCUACGAAGAGUCGGUCGUUAAUGGUGCGGGUGUCGCAUGCGCCGAGUUCAUGGCAAUAGCUACCGAAACGUUCGUCAAGGAGGUACUUUCAGUAGUGUUUUCCCGAACACGAUGCAAUGGUCCUUCUGGUACCAUCAACGGCAUGAUGAAACGAUCAUAUAAGCAACAACUCGAGCGUGAAGAGCUUGCCUUCACGCGCGGUGAAAUCGCCAAAGACGGCGCAACUGGCUUGCUUCCCGUGGAGGCCAAGGAAGCCAGGACUCGCAGCGCCCUUGGGGUUCGGGACCUCCGUUUAUCGCUAGAGCUCGGAAGCGGAGUCCUGAGCCAUAUGCCAUUACUGGUAGACCAAAUUAUGGGAGGCUAUUUCGAAGACGAGUUAGAAGCCGACAGACGAGGACGUACUGAUACAAAUGGCACAGAACCCACGGACAUGGAUGAAAUGGACGUGGAUGAAGCAGACUGGGGCUGGGAGGGAGCCACGGCAGGCGAUCACCAACAAUUGGGCACUCUACUGGACGAAUGUUUGGCAAUGGCCUCGUAA